CUUGUGUCUGUGUUGUUGUUCGGCGGCGGUGGCGGCGGCGGCGGCGGCGGCGGCAAGAUGGCGGCGCACGGGGGCUCUGCGGCCUCCUCGGCGCUGAAGGGGUUAAUCCAGCAGUUCACCGCCAUCACGGGUGCAAGUGAAAGUGUGGGGAAACAUAUGCUUGAAGCCUGCAACAAUAACCUGGAGAUGGCUGUCACAAUGUUUUUGGAUGGUGGAGGAAUAGCUGAAGAGCCUAGUACCAGUUCAGCCAGUGUAUCUUCUGUCAGGCCACACACAGAAGAUGAAGUACGAGCUCCAAUUCCUCAAAAGCAGGAAAUAUUAGUAGAACCAGAGCCCUUAUUUGGUGCUCCUAAAAGACGGCGGCCUGCUCGUUCAAUAUUUGAUGGUUUUCGAGAUUUUCAGACUGAAACUAUUCGACAGGAGCAGGAGUUGAGAAAUGGAGGAGCAAUAGAUAAGAAGCUCACUACCCUUGCAGAUCUCUUCCGACCACCUAUUGAUCUAAUGCAUAAAGGCAGCUUUGAAACUGCCAAAGAGUGUGGUCAGAUGCAGAACAAGUGGCUCAUGAUCAACAUCCAGAAUGUGCAGGACUUUGCUUGCCAGUGCCUCAAUCGGGAUGUCUGGAGCAAUGAAGCUGUGAAGAACAUUAUCCGGGAACACUUCAUUUUCUGGCAGGUAUAUCAUGACAGUGAGGAAGGACAGAGAUACAUACAGUUUUACAAAUUAGGGGAUUUUCCCUACGUCUCCAUCUUGGAUCCAAGGACAGGUCAGAAGCUAGUGGAGUGGCACCAGCUAGACGUGACUUCUUUCUUGGAUCAAGUGACAGGAUUCCUGGGUGAGCAUGGUCAAUUGGAUGGACUGUCCAGCAUUCCCCCCAAAAAAUGUGGCCGCUCUGAGAGCCUUAUAGAUGCAAGUGAAGACAGCCAGCUAGAAGCUGCUAUCAGAGCCUCCUUGCAAGAGACACAUUUUGAUUCUACACAGGCAAAACAGGACAGCCGCUCAGAUGAAGAGUCUGAAUCUGAACUUUUUUCUGGAAGUGAGGAAUUCAUAUCAGUUUGUGGUUCUGAUGAGGAAGAGGAGGUAGAGAAUAAUCCUGCCAAAUCUAGGAAAUCUCCCCACAAAGACUUAUUGCAUAGGAAAGAGGAGAGCCGGAGGCCUCAGACUGAGCCCUCAGCUAGGACUGAGCCUGGAACUGCAACAAACCACCAAGCACUGUCAGGCAUGGAUUCUGAAAUAUUGGAGGUGUUACCCGAGAAGUCAGAUGGGCUUUCAGAAGGGCUGGAAAUGAAUGGACCAAAAGCACAGCUGAUGUUGAGGUAUCCAGAUGGAAAGAGGGAACAGAUCACUCUUCCAGAACAAGCUAAACUUCUAGCUCUGGUGAAGCAUGUGCAGUCAAAAGGAUACCCAAAUGAACGUUUUGAACUUCUCACCAACUUCCCUCGAAGGAAGCUUUCUCAUCUUGACUAUGACAUUACAUUACAAGAGGCAGGCCUCUGUCCUCAAGAGACUGUCUUUGUACAGGAAAGAAAUUAGCACCGUGGCCUGACCUCUCUCAGCUGCCCCUCGUCCUUUUACUUGGGAUACUGCGUCCCUGAGUUUGCAGUUUGGCUCCUAGGACCACAGAGCCAAACUGGGCACAUGGCCCCCGCCUGCUCUCUUCUUUGUCUGGGCUCUCCUCCACAGCAUCUUUCCCUCUGUCUUCUGUCAUUCCUCCUUCCUUCCCUCUCCUCCUUUUUCCUCCUAAUCUGGUGACCAAAUGAAGACCUAAGUAUAUCAUCUGUCCUAAUACCGGUGGCAGGAAAUGCUUGUUCCAUUUGGGAAAGAGGGAUGCUGUCUUGCGCAUCACUCUCUGGAAAUAAGAAAAAUAAUGUGACCUCGGUUUCCUGUGGCAGAGGAAGGGCCAGAUUCAAAAAAAAAAAAAAAAGGAACCACCUCCCAAACCCAUCUUAUUCUUUAUUCUUGGGAGAAGAAAGGUGUCUUCAUUUUUUUUUUUUGAGUUCUGUGUAAGAAGUAUCAUGUGACAAAAUACCCAGGCUUUUGCCUAUGUGGAGAAAAGCACUCCUUAUGAUAGUUUGUCAAAAAAAAAAAAUUUAAAUUUCUCUUUCUGUCAUCUCUCCUGUAGAAGAAUAGGUCCUUGGUAUAUGUGCUGUUGGGAAUUUGAUUGUCAAAUAUGGGAUGAGAUAGAUUAGGAUUUUCAACACUCCUGCCUUAGUUUUGUCCAUUGCUUUUUAUUUGAAAUUAUUUUAUGGAAGCCGUUGAUACCAACAUACUAGGGGUGAAUAGUAAUUCAGGGAAAUUACUGAAUCCUUUAUGCCCAUUUUCAAGCUAAUGAUAUCUUAAGAUUUUCUAUCAUUUCAAAAACUUCUUGUGUUGGGAAAAGGAAUCUGUUUACUCUUAGGACAGCAUAACAUUUCCUGGCUUCUUCCAUUUUCUGGGUCCAACAAAAGGUUUAAGAAUGGCAGGAGGUUUUUUUGUUUUUUGCUCUUUUUUUUUUUAGUUGUAGUUUUACAAUCAUGCAGUAAAAUGGUAACUGUAAAUUAGAAAUUGGUCUUGCUGUUGAUCUUAUCUGUGGUGCUUUAGGGCUGCCUCAGAGAAAAGAGAAAAAGAAGUAACUCUGAAUGGUGGGUUUCUUUAGUCAGGAAUAAUCCAAAUUCAUUUUGACCCCAGGGUAAAAGAGUCUUUUUAAGAGGUUAUACGACUAAGUGAGCUGAGCUACUUUAGUAUUUUGGUUCUGCCAUCACCUACUACAGCCAAAGCAUGUUCAGUGGCAUCAGAACUGAAAGCAUCUCUUAAGAGAACAACUUUAAACUCAGUCCAUAAAGCAGCAUUUAAUAACUGGAGUGAGAAAAACUGCUCUUAGUAAUCUCCAACACUUGUAUUUUUUCCUGCCACCGAAAGCCUCAUUUAAUUGUAUGAAAAGUGAGAAUUUGAUAUUUAGUUCCAGAGAAGAAGUUAUCUAUUUUAAAUGAAUGCAACACCAUUCACUUAUCCCUUUCUUGUUUUGAACUAGCAGGAAAGUAAAGUAGGGACUGGGGUGAAGAUGCCAAUAGAACUAAAACUUUAAGUCUGUAUAGAGAUCAUAAUAUAGUGUGUACCCAGUUUUGUCACUGUUAUUUAGGCUGGUUCAUUUCUGCACCUUAGAGAAAAAAAUAAAUUGCUAAUGUUGGAAAUAAAGACAAACUUUAACUUGUAACCCAAAUUCAGAUAUAUUUUCAGAGUCUUUUAGGCUUCCUGUCUAUUUUAAGAGAUCUUACAUUUUAGCACCCAAGGGAUAAAGGAGGAGGGGAUUAUCCUUUGUUAGUACACAAUUGUGGAAUGUGAUUUCUAAUGCCUGAUUGGUGAGGCACCCUCACUAAAGAAUGAAAUGUAUGUCUUCUAUAGGAAAUCAUGGGAAAAUCUGUUUAUUCUUUAAUGGAUCUUUACAAAUGAAUGUCCUUACAUUUUCAUAAGUCUGUGUAAGUGCUUAUGUAUAAGUAUAUAAUUGUAUAAAUAUUUAUAAAUAUAUUUAUAUAAUUACA